AUGGAUAGUAAAACAAAAACAAACGAAGAUUUAGAAACUUUGACAUGUCCAAUCACACUUCAAUUCUUUCGUGAUCCAGUCAUAGCUGCAGAUGGUCAUGCCUAUGAACGUGCAGCUAUUGUUAAAUGGAUUGAGACACAUGGUACGAGUCCCUUGACUCGAGAACCACUCAAUGUUGCUGAUUUACAAUCCGACGAGUAUUUGAAACAGCUAGCUUCUCAACGGCGAACAUCGACAGUAUCUCAAAUUAAACAAGAUAAUUCAACCAUCAUCUCAGUUAUUUCUGUGAAUGACACUGAACAUUCACAUCCAGCUGAUCUGGAGGUGUCCAAUCAAAAUCUUACUCAAGUGAAAAAAAGAACUCGUUGUAUCUAUAUAGGUUUCCUCAUAGGGCUGUUCAUAAUUUGUUUGGGUUUCAUGGCAAUUGGACCGGUCUUAUCAGUAGCGGUGAAAAGUCAAUCGGGAACUGCUAUGACCCGAACGACUGUUCAGUCGUCAUAUUCAUCGCAAUUAACUUCAAACAGGCCAACCUACAAUUGCUUAGAUUGUUCCUCGCCAGAUCACUACUAUGGAGCUUUCCUACUUAAUACUUCAACAGAUGGCUCUUACAAUGUUUCGAUUCAAAGCAGUGCAGCCAUAUUCACAUAUCUUUAUGUCAUUCGUUUCACGCCAUCUGAUCCAUGGUCAAAUCGAAUUACAUUGAACGAUAAUGGCAUCGAUGUAUUUCAUUCAAACUUUUUCGUUAGCCUACAAAGUUAUAUGCCAUAUAUUUUAAUUGUUACAACCCGUAACAUACUCACAGAAGCAAUAUUUUCAAUUAACAUAGUUGGCUCAAAUUAUGUCUACAUAGUUCCCAUCAGUAAUAAUUAUUCAACGACACCGACUUCACCUAGUAUAACAACAUCUAGCCCAACUAUUCCUACGAAUGCUCGCUGGGUACAAAAUGCAGUGACCGUUGCUGGAGGCAUCUUUGGAGGCAGUGGGGCCAAUCAACUCCUGUGGCCUGACGGCCUUACCGUUGAUGACAAUCAAACGAUAUUUGUCGCUGAUUACGGAAAUCAUCGUAUCGUUCAAUGGAAUAUAGGCGGUAGCAACGGGUUAAUAGUUGCUGGUGGUUUUGGUCCUGGAAAUCAGUUAAAUCAAUUGUAUCAUCCGAUCGAUGUUUCGAUUGAUAAAGAUACAGAUAGCCUCAUUAUCUGCGAUUAUGGAAAUAGACGAGUCUUACAAUGGUCCCUUCAAAGUGGCACAACACAAGGUGAAAUCCUUCUCGAUGGAAUCUUUUGUUCUGGAUUAGCCAUAGAUCAACAGAGAAAUAUUUAUGUCUCUAGCACUGAAACUUUUGAAGUAACACAAUAUCGAAUGGGUAGCACGAAUGGUACUAUUGUUGCUGGUGGCUAUGGAGCAGGUUUUGGUUUGAAUCAAUUUAGCUGGCCGACCUAUCUGUUCGUCGAUUCCAAUCAGAAUAUCUACGUAUCGGACAAGUUCAACAACCGUGUGAUGAAAUGGAGUAAAGGUGCACAAGAAGGGAUUGUUGUCGCUAGUAAUUCAGCCAUGACAAAAAUGUCAGCACCUAGAGGACUAUUCGUCGAUGCAUCCGGUACUUUAUAUGUAGUAGAUGCGGGAAAUCGACGAGUAUUGCGUUGGCUAGAUGGAGCAAAGCAGGGUACUGUCGUCGUGGGCGGACACGGUGUCGGAUUUCAGCAAAAUCAGUUAAACAGUCCCAUGGGCUUAGAUUUUGAUCGACACGGCAAUAUGUACGUUGUAGACUCUUUCAGUAAUCGAGUACAACAAUUUUCUAUCGAAUAG